CAGUGCCGCCAUCCGCGCCCCCUAGUCGUCAACGCGCAUUUUAUCCGCGGCAAAAAGUGCGCAUGAGCGGAAGCAGAAACCGUUAACUCGAUCGAUCCCGGCGUGCUCGACCCCCGGCGCGGAACAGACAAAUGGCGUCUGCAGCUGCGGCGCCGGCGGGCGCGGGUCCCGGCUCUGGGGCGUGCACCGGGCUGGAGGCGGCGACCCUGCAGAAGCUCGCGCUGCGGCGGAAGAAGGUGCUGAGCGCCGAGGAGAUGGAGCUGUACGAGCUGGCGCAAGCGGCCGGCGCCGCCAUCGAUCCCGACGUGUUCAAGAUCCUGGUAGACCUGCUGAACCUGAACGUGGCCCCGCUCGCCGUCUUCCAGAUGCUGAAGUCCAUGUGUGCCGGGCAGAGGCUGGCGAGCGAGCCCCCGGACCCCGCGGCCCUGUCUCUGCCCGCAUCAGGCGUUCCCGAAACCCGAGAGGCCUCCUUCCCCUCUGCCAGGAACAGUAGCCCCCCGGCAAGGCCCUCCUUUUCCUCGGCCCCGCGGCCUGCGGCCUCUCCGGCUCUGCUCCUCGGCCCAGCUGCCACGCCCUCGCCUCUCUCUCCGGGGCCCCCUGCUCCCCUCCGGUUCUCUUGCUGCCUGUUCUCUCCUUUCGCAGGGAGAAACAAACUGGCGGAACGCAGCGGCCGAGAGGGGUCCAGCCAGAGGCUGCCCCGCCAGCCCAGUGCCACCAGGCUGCCCAAGGGGGCCGGGACCGGAAAGAGCCCCACUCGGAGCAGCUCCUAGGACAGGAGCAGGGGUCGUCACGCCAGCCUGUGUGGCUCCACCACCCUCCCAGCUGAGGUUAAGUGCUGUUUUCCUUGGGUUAAAAAUAGCUCAGAAGUGUGCUAUCAGGGGUUUGAAUCUUAGAGUGAGUUCUGUGUGCUGGUCCUAGUUAAGCUACAGCUAAACUCACGGAGUGACUUGGACCACUGACUUCACACCUCUUGGGCCUAAGAGAAAAAUGCAUGUACUGCCAGGCCUUCCUUUAAAAAGAAAAAAGUCUUAUUUAUUUACCUGAAAGGCAGAGGGAGAGAUGGAUCUUCAGUCCCCUGGUUCACUCCCCAGAUGCCUGCAACAGCUGGGUCUGGGCCAGGCUGCAGCCGGGAACUCCAGUCCAGGUCUCCCACAUGGGUGGCAGGAGCCCAAGGACUUGGGCCAUCCCCUGCUGCCUUCUCAGACACAUGAGCAGGGAGCUGAAUGGGAGGUGGAGCAGCGGGGGCUUGAACCGGCACUCGUAUGGGAUGCCAGUGUUGCAGGCGGCAGCUUAACCCACUGUACAACACCCACCUGAGUCCCCGUUUUUCUCCAUUUGCUUCUACUCAUUAGGUAACCCCGCACUGCCACAGGCUAGGCUCUGUUCUGUCUCAUCUCCAACUCUGUCCCAGGAAGCACCCUCUGAGGUGGAGGCUGUCACCACCCACAUGUGAAAGCAUGAGCUGAAGGCUGGGUGCUGAACCUGAGACACCCCUCCCACCCCCAUACAGGUUUCCUCUGCUGUAACACCUGUCACCCCCACAGAUAUCCAAGGCCGUCCUCACCUCUGGGGCCUGGGGCAGGGGAACUGAGCAAAUCUGUUGAUGCUCAUGCUGCGUGCUGGGUAAUAAACUGUCCAAGAAGU